AUGACCACGGCAAUACCUUCUAUCGCCUGCCUAGGCAUCAUAGGGCGCAAUAACAACCCCCUCCACAUCAGCAUCUUCCCUUCCUACGAUCCUCAGUCCAACACCUUCGCACCGUUACGAACACCUCUCGAAUUUUCCCUUCUGCUAUCCUCGUCUAUUGACAUUUUCGAUCUCCGCACCAAGCACAACGCCAUCAACAACACGCCGCUCGCCACAGGCGACUAUGGCCUUCUCCACGCCAUCGACGACCGCCUCGCGGCGUAUGGCUUUGAGACGAACACGGGUGUCCGCAUGGUCUGUGUAGUGGACAUGCGCGGGCGACGAGCGGCGGUUGGGUCGAGCAGUGUGCGCUCGGGUCUACGAGAUGCGGAGAUGAAGCCCGUGUUCCGGGCGAUGCAGAGCGCUUACGUGCGGUUGCUGCAGAACCCCUUCUUUGCACCGGAUGAGCAUCUGGGCCCUGUGGGUGGCCAUGGCGGACGGCGCAUCACGAGUCGAAAGUUUGGAGAAGAUAUGAAGAGGAUAGGCGAAGGCUGGACGCCAGGAGUCACGAAUCUAUGA